CCCACGGCCCUCCAGCCACUUCUAGGCCCAGGCCUGCUCCCUCGACGCCAAUGGGAAAGCGACGAGGUCGCCUGAUGGACGUGUGUCCCUUCUGAGGGGCCGUCACCACAUGCGUGCCCGUCACCGGAUGUGCGUGCCCAUUGGUCUCGGCUCCCUAGCCAAUGAGGGGCUGGGCCCUGGUCGCUAGGAUACACAGUACUGGACGCGGUAACUGUCAUCUUGAGAGUUGGCCAAGCUCUCUAGGCCGAGCCGAGAUAGCACACUCAACGCCCAGCAUGCCGAGGAGGAGGAGCCAUCGAGGGUCCUCCGGUGCUGGUGGCCGGGGGCGGACCUGCUCUCGCACCGUCCGAGCGGAGCUUUCGUUUUCGGUGAGCCAGGUGGAGCGCAGUCUACGGGAGGGCCACUACGCUCAGCGCCUGAGUCGCACGGCGCCGGUCUACCUCGCUGCGGUUAUUGAGUACCUGACGGCCAAGGUCCUGGAGCUGGCGGGCAACGAGGCCCAGAACAACGGAGAGAGGAACAUCACUCCCCUGCUGCUGGACAUGGUGGUUCACAACAACAGGCUGCUGAGCACCCUUUUCGACACAACCACCAUCUCUCAAGUGGCCCCCGGCGGGGACUAGCUUCUGACACCCGGCCCCUGGGACCUGGCAGGUCCACUCGUCCACCCACCUCGCCCCCAAACUCCCCGACCCCAAAUCCCCCGGCCUGAACCCCCGGCCUUAAACACCCUCCCCCCACAACCCGGGCCCCAAAAUCUUGGGCCUUCAUUAAUUCUGUCAAUAAAGUGUUUAAAG